GGUUUCCAGCCGCUUUAAAAACCCAUGAAGGGGAUAAUGUGGUGGGUGGCUAUAUUUUGAGCACACGAUACCCUCAACUGUCGGGAUAUUUAUUCUCCAAACCAUUUUUCGACUCCGUUUCUCCUCUUAAAAAGCCUUACCUGUGAUGCUAAAUGGACUUCCGGUCCUCCAGGUGCUGAGACUGGCUCGUGCAGCCUAACUGUGGAUAUCUGCUUCAGUGUGAGGGUUGUAAACAAUGAGCGUGUUCCUCUGGAUCACUGCUGGAUAAACUGGGACUCACCACAGACUGCGACAUUAAACGGGCUUGAAUUAGGUUUAAGGUAUGCUGCCUUUCUUUAGAUGUCCAAAAUUGAGCGCCUGAAUGCCCGAGUGGAGAAGCUGCUGUCCAAAGUGGUGCAGGAGGUCCUGGAGGUGGUGAAAGAGACAGUGUCAGAGUACCAGGAGAGAACAGCCAGGACACAGAGAGAGAACCAGAGUCUGAAGAGGAGGCUGCAGGAGCUCCAGGACAAGUUAAAACUGGAGAGCAAUGGAGUGGUGCCACAGAUUUCCCCUGCUGAGCUGCACCUGAUGGGGCAGAAACAGAAAGAAGAGCUGGAAGAGGAUGCUGAACUCGUCUCCUCUGACAAGGACAUCGCAGUGAUCUGUCCCUCGUAUCCAUUUGAAGACCUUGACUGUGAGGCAUCCGUCACAUCAUUGGGCACCCCCUGUCUCUCCCCUAGAGCUACACCACAACCACAUUUAGGUGGCGAUGACUUGAACACUCCAAGAGCUCCUAAAACAGAGACAGAUAACAGACUGUCAGUUUCAAACCAUGUGGUUACACUCUCUGAAAACAAUCGGCAAAUGAAAGUAGAGCCUGCGUCAGAUGCAGAUGCCAUGCACAGCACAAAUUAUUUUUGUGGUGAUGUUAGCUCAAGCGCUACAUCCUCACACAGACUACAGCCUCCUCAAGCCAGUUCAGGACUCUACAGUGAGCCCGGGGUCGUCUUCAGUCUGCAGCAAAACGGCAUAGACGAGCCACUUUCCCACAGAUACAACAAUGCAAACUAUGCUGGAGUAGAAAAACAGCAAACCGCCCAAACAAACGCAAAAGGCCCGAGAGCGUUCCAGAGAAAUGUCAGAAAACACUACUGCUGCUCGUCCUGCGGCCGCACCUUCAGGCACGCGGGUGACUACAAGAAGCACAGCAGGGUGCACACGGGGGAGAAGCCCUACUGCUGCUCGGUGUGCGGGAAGCGGUUCAGUCAGUCGGGCUACCUCACUGUGCAUCUGCGCUACCACACAGGAGAGAAGCCGUUUGGCUGCAGUCACUGCGGCAAAAGUUUUAGUCACUCGAGUAACAUGAAGAAGCACCAGCAGACUCAUCUGUGAGGCUUCCAGACUUCCUCUUUACAUAUCAUGUUAGUGAUAUCUAGGGAUGGACGGUGAGAAGGCUGCCUGUUUGUAAGCCAAUAUAAGAAUUAUAAAAGGUGCUGGAUUCUCAAUGUGUGAUGUCAAGCUAUCUUCUAUGAGCAUUUAUGUCAGCUGAGCGCAUCGCAAUCCUGUUUAGAAGAUUAUGUAGCUUCAUCCUGAGAUCAAAAAUACAGUUUUUCAGGUUAAGUUUCGGUAAAGAGACAUUGCUGUUGAGUUUUUAAAAAUGUAUUUUUUGCCACCGUAAGCACCACAAGCUGAGUACCAUCUAGUUCCAUUAUAUUGGAGAGAAGGCAGACGUCUCUACAGCCGAUAUCUCCAACACUCUGCAACACACACCAAAACAAUCUAGAGGGAUAGAUAUCACUACAGGUAAGAGGAAAUAUAUGUGUUUUUGAUUUUUGGGUGAACUGUCCCUUUAAGUCACAUGUAAAAGUAAUUGUGCCUUCUUUUAGCAGAGCAGAAAGCUUACUGUAGAGCACAUGUCAACCUUCAAGUAUCAACCUGAGGACCGAGGACCACUUUGGAAAUAAGUGUUUUCUUUGAUGCUUUAAAGUGCUGUCCUCUGGGGUCUUUUAUGUCAUGAUACUCCUGUGAUUGUACUUUUAAAACUCCAAAUAAAAAUCAAAUCGAGCACAA